GUAAAAAUGUGUAGCACAUGCCUUGAAACUUGAAAGAAUACCCUGACUGUGAAGUCAGCAGUCAUUUCACUCUAAUAAAAUCACUCUUAGUUAAUGCUCUCUGUGAGAGAUAAAAAAAAAAAAACUAUCAGCCAGAACACCGAUUAUCAGAAUACAAGUAAUUCCCCCCAAAAGAAAGAGCGCUCCCAGAAAGAGGAGCCAGAGUCAAGAAGGAGAUGGUGGGAUGCAAGAGUAGGAACAAAUGAGUGACAUGUAGAUCAUGGUUGAAUUUUCUAGAUAAUGUCACCUAUUGACUGGUCUCAGGUUUGUGUAAGCAUUAGCAUAUUGGAACUAGGUGUGAGAUUCACUGAUGGGUAUCAUGUGUAUGAUACCCAUCAGUGCAUAAUUUGAAAGAUGAAGUUAAGCUUUGCUUUUCUCUUUAAAUCUCAGUCCUAUAAGGAGACAGUAGGCAAUGCGGCUGCAUGCACCCUUAAAGAUAAGGAGAGCAUCACAAUGACAAAGCAGCGUUAUGAAGCCGGAACUGAAAAGUCACUUUAUUGAACAAUGAGGCCGAUUGUACCUGAUACAGCAAAACUGAAAUACUAGAGGAUUAUAUAUCCAUGACACAUACCCAAUUGCAACAUCUAAUUCUCAAUGAGAAGCUGACUGUUAAGAGGAGAAGCUUAAAAGAGUCCAUACCUUCUGAUGCAGAAUGAUGGUGCUACGUUUUGUGUGGUUCAGUCCUUUACUUUUAGGAAUACUUACUUCACCAUCGCCAAAACUGUCCCCAACCACCAGUUUAAAUGAAGAUAGUUGGCCCUGUUACAUCUUCAACUCUGGUCGCUCUGCCGACUGCCUUGGCAGACGAUUGGAUCACGUUCCAUGGAAGCACAUGCCUUCCACUCUUGUCGAAGUUGACCUCUCCUAUAACGAACUUCCUGCUGUCCUUAUUAAUGACUUCUCCCACCUCCCUAACCUUCGGAUCCUUCAGCUGCAGUAUAACAACAUCUCACUUAUUGAGGAUGAUGCCUUCCAGUUCAACCGCCUACUGGAACACCUCGACCUGUUCAACAACUCCCUAAGGGAAAUUCCAGCCAGAGCCUUGCAGCCCCUCACUAAUCUAAAACAUCUCUUCAUAUCUAAUAACAUCUACCAACAUGCCACCCUAGCCACCAGCUUCUCUAGAUUCCUCCACCUACAGACUCUUUCCAUGGGUGGUCCCCUAGUUCAGGGUCUAAAGAAAGGAGACUUCCAUCCAAUGAAAAACAUAAAACUACGGAGUUUUGCUAUUAAGUGUUCGUCCAAUCUAAGUUACUAUGAACCUGGCAGUUUGGAGGUCAUACAGACACAGUUUAUGGGACUCGACAUGGCUAUAGAUCAAAGACCAAAUGCUCUGACUAUGAUGUUGCAAGACCUGGCCAACAAGACUUUCACUGUCCUCCAAUUCCGAAAUCUCUUUGAAUUUAAGUAUUACAUGGAAGAAAUUGAUAUUUUUAGUGGUCUGAAAUAUAUCAGUGCCAAUCAGCUCCUCUUUCACAGAGGCAAAUACAAUGAGAAUCUCUUGAGGAUGGCUCUUGUGAAUCUUAAAGUCAGCCCAGUUAAAAUGCUGAGACUUCAGUAUAUUGACUUUGCCCGUUCGCCAACUUUUGAGGAUAGUGGCUUAGAAUCCAGUGUGACCGACCUUACACUGGACAGACUAGAUCUUUGGCAUAUCAGUAAUCCAGAUAUCUUGCGUUUUGACUGGCGCUUCACAUGGUUUAACAAAAUUCGACAGUUGUCCAUCCAAAAUGUCAACUUCAACUUUGUGCCUUGCGACGCCUGGCUUCAGAUGUCUCACGUGGAGGAUAUGGAUGUCUCCAACAACAGACUCUUUGACAAUGCUCUUUUCAACCAACGCUGCGAAUACUAUGGCACAAUGCCAUCUCUUCGUUCCCUCAAUCUAAGCACCAACUAUCUCACCAGCCUGAGAGACAUAUCUUCACUAACCAAGGAGUUCCGACUACUGCAGGUAUUGGAUGUCAGCAAUAACCACCUAGGAUCAGCUGAGAAGGGUAAAAAAUGUGUCUGGAAACAGAAUAUCACUCAUUUUAUUGCUCACCAUAACCCAUUUGAAAGUGAUGCCCUACAGUGUCUUCCCACCACAGUGCAGUUUAUUGACCUCUCGUACUGUGACCUGGAUCAGCUGGACAUUCAUUACUUUGAGAAAACCACUCACCUUAAAGAACUCCUACUCAGUGGGAACAAGAUUAAGUUCAUUCCGUCAGAUUGGAAAAGCUCCUCACUGCAGUCUUUGGCAUUAGAUGGUAACUCUUUUGGGCUCAUCAGCAUGGCUUCCUUUCAGAAAAUGCCGCAAUUGUCUCAGUUGAGGGCUGGAAACAACCCUUAUCAUUGCACCUGCGAUCUUCAUACCUUUAUCCAAGACAACAUGUCAAAGGGAAAGGUCAACAUCACUGACUGGCCUAUAAACUACAAAUGCUACCACCCAGAGGCUCUACUUAAUACAUUAAUAGCAGAAUAUUUCCCUGGCCACGUGGCCUGCGAUAUCAGGCUGGUUGUCAUCAUCUGUGUAGUCGUCACAGCAACAGUGGUCCUAGUGCUGAUGUUAUUGUGCUAUACAUUUAAUGUUGCCUGGUAUAUCAAAGCUACUUAUCAGAUUAUAAGAGCCAAAUAUAGAGCGCAUAAGGAAGGGACAGCAGAAUCACAGACUUUUGCCUAUGACGCCUUCAUCUCCUACAGCCACUAUGAUGCUGACUGGGUUAGGGACCAACUUUUGCCCUGCUUGGAAACCAGCAAGCCACCCUACAACCUCUGUAUCCAUGAGAGGGACUUCAUGCCAGGAAAAUGGAUUAUUGACAACAUAAUUGAAAAUAUAGAAAACAGCGGCAAGGUAAUCUUUGUUCUUUCACGUCACUUUGUAGACAGCGAGUGGUGCAACUACGAACUGUAUUUUGCCCAGCAGAGAGCCAUCGGCAAGACCUUUAGUGAUGUUAUUCUGGUGGUAAAAGAGCCCAUCGACCCAGAAUCUUUGCCCAGCAAAUAUUGUAAGCUCAAGAAGAUGCUACACACCAAGACCUACAUUGAGUGGCCCCAGCAAGCCAAUCAGCAGGCCUUCUUCUGGGCACAAGUUAGAAGUGUUCUUGGCAAGCCCUUUCUGACUAGAGAGCAGGAAGCUCCGAGUGUUAGUAGAAAGGUCUCCUCAGUUGGUUUUGUAUCUAUUAUAGAGCUCCCCCUAGAGGGGGGAAAGCCUGAAAUAGCUAUGACCCAGCUAAAUGAAGACAUUACAUUACAUUUAGCAGACGCUCUUAUCCAGAGCGACUUACAGUAAGUACAGGGACAUUCCCCCCGAGGCAAGUAGGGUGAAGUGCCUUGCCCAAGGACACAAAGUCCCUUGACGCGCCGGGAAUCGAACCAACAACCAUCUGGUUAAUAGCCUGAUUCCCUAACCGCUCAGCCAUCUGACCUCCUAACUCUCUCUCCUGAAGAGGGAGAGUUCCAAAGAGAACUUUCACUGAAGAGGGCAGAGGAGCAACUUUUUCCACUCUGAGAGACACAGGCCGUUGACAGGUAUUGAAAAGCUCAAAUGGGAUCUUCUCUGUCGCACUUGUGGAUAACAAGCAAGGUGCCAGUGACAUGUGGUGACAGCUGUUACACAGCACUGGAACACUCCCACCCUUGGAUGCCUCCCAUCUCACACAAGCUGUAUAACAUCUCUGCUGGGUCAAAAGGUACAUAAGCUGUAGAGAAACCUCAUCUGGCAGGGUAAAGGGCAUGCAUGCCACAUAUAUGACAGGAAGUCAUGCAAAUGUUUUAUUGAGCGACGUAUGGAACCAGCCUGCUGAUUUUCCACAUUUUUGAGACUUGAUGAGGCCUAUCCUAA